UUCCGGCCGAGGGAAAGAAGUGGACGGGACUCCGUCGUCCGCCGACAGACGCUCCGGGCGCGGAGCCGCGAGCCCGGCCAUGAAGUUUCGGGCUAAGAUCGCGGACACGGGCUGUCUGAACCACUUCACGCGAAUCAGUAACAUGAUCGCCAAGCUUGCCAAAACCUGCACCCUCCGCAUCAGUCCGGAUAAGCUGAACUUCAUCCUUUCAGAUAAGGUGGCCAAUGGAGGGGUGAGCAUGUGGUGUGAACUGGAACAGGAGAACUUCUUCAGUGAAUUUCAAAUGGAAGGUAUCUCAGCAGAAAACAAUGAAAUUUAUAUAGAGCUGACAGCGGAAAACUUAUCUCGAGCCUUGAAAACUGCCCAGAAUGCCAAAGCCUUGAAAAUCAAGCUGACGAAUAAGCACUUCCCCUGCCUUACAGUCUCCGUAGAUCUGUUAUCCAUCUCAAGCAGUAGUCGCAUUGUGACACAUGACAUUCCCAUAAAGGUUAUUCCUAGAAAACUCUGGAAGGAUUUACAAGAACCUGUAGUCCCAGACUUUGAUGUUAGUAUUUACUUACCAGUGUUGAAGACUAUGAAGAGUGUUGUGGAAAAAAUGAAAAACAUCAGCAGUUACCUUAUUAUUGAAGCUAACCUAAAUGGAGAAUUGAAUUUGAAAAUAGAAACCGAAUUAGUGUGCGUUACAACUCAUUUUAAAGAUCUGGGAAGGCCUCCGUUAGCCUCUGGAAGUGCUUCGCAAGGUAGAAACCCGGAACAAAUGGCUGAAGUGCGCAUAGAUGUUAAGAAGCUCCUGCAGUUUCUUGCUGGACAACAAGUAAAUCCUACAAAGGCCUUAUGCACCUGCUGUGGCUGAACAGCUUGAGUGCAAUCCAGUGUGGAGCACCAGCUAUAAGAUAUUGUGAAUAACAAGAUUGUUCAUUUUGAUUUGCUUCACGAAGAUGUGUCCCUUCAGUAUUUCAUUCCGGCACUGUCGUAAUACCGCCUGUCCAGACUUGGGAACUCAGAGACCUUUGUCGUAAUGGGACGAGGUGACAGGCUCACGUGUCCUAAAUUGUCUUUCUCUGUCCUCACAGUCUCAUGGGUCAACUUUACUUAUUAUUAUUAAUUACUAUUGUUGUUCUAUAAUAUAACUAAAAAUUGAGUUAGUGAAACACAGCUGGAUAAACACAUUAUUUCAUAUUCUUUGUUCUCAUGUCUGCUUUAUUUUGCUUUUAAGACAUUGAACAGAAAAGCUGGAACUGAUUUAUCCAGACUUUAAAUUCUCGUUUUUAUUGGUCAAGUUAUGAAAAUCUCAUGUAUUUUAGACCUGGUGAAGUGUCAGAAUUCAUAAGAGCAUGUCUGUUGUGCUGGUACUAGUGUUUUGCAGGGUACUGUCUCCAACUCAGCAGAUUGUUGUAGCAGUGGAAAGCUACAGGAAGCAGACCUGGUGGAGCACUUAUCCUAACUCCACUCACCCCUCCUUGCUCUGGUUCAUGAAGCCUGAUUGUAGAAAGGAUGGGCCUCCUGUCAGCUUGCCAUGCGGUAGUUACUCAGUCUUGUGGGGUGUCUCUGAGGCCCAGUUUUAUAGCCUUUGUCCUGACUUGCAUAGACUAGAGUCUUCUCGAUGACUUGAGACCUGACGCUUGUGGACACAAUGGAGCUAGUCUGGGAGCUUCAUUCAGCAGCUCCUCUCAGUUUUACUCUGCGGUCAGUUUUGGUCUUGUAAUUCCUUUCUCACGGGUGUAUUGGAUCUAUCAUUCUAGAAGGAACACCAGUGUAAUUUUCUUUAGUGAUAUCCCUUCUAAACAAACAAAACUUCUAAGCUAGUGUAUGACACCGUGUUUCUGUUUAUUUACCAAAAGUGGUUCAGGUACUGAGAUAGGCUUUCUCGUUCUCCCUGAAGCAUAGUCCAUCGUCUUUCCAUUAUAAUUAAAUCUCAUUCGUCCUAUGGAGGUGAACAUCAUAAACAUUAUUUUAAUUUCACUUAGCAAACUUGAAACUUAAAGUAGUUGUUUAGGAUAAGAUGCAGGUGAGAAAUCAGCAAAAAUUAAAAAAAAAAAUCUUUUAUGGCUUUUUCAUAUUUGGUAAAACCAGUGUGUUUGUGAAUGACUCUUCUGAUGUUUAAUAAUGUUAGCUUAAAUGAGCUGUAAUAUUUUGCAAAAUAAAUAGUAAAAAAUCUGAGGAUAUAAUUUUAUUCAUUUAAAUCCCCUUUUUCCUCUUUGGCUUGUAAAAAAAUUAAUUUCCAGCUGCAGUAACAAAACUUAAAAAUCAUGAUGCAAAAUGAAAUGUAUCUGAAAAUAGUUUUAUAAAACUUAUAUUUGUUUUUAAAGAAAACUGUGUUAGAGACUUGCCAAUUUAGAAAAUCGGUUAUUUCUAAAAUUUUAAAUGCUGAUUUUGCAUGUAUAAAGAAAAUAUAAUGUUUGUAGUGUAAGUUAAUAGUAACCUACUUCCUCAUUUGCAUUAUGUAAAAAAUGCCCUCUGGUUUUCUUAAGACCUUCACCUGCAUACAUCAGCCUUCCAUUAUCGGUUUUUUAGGAGUUAAGGUGCAGCCUGAGGAAGGCACUUCCCGGUGGGCCAUCCAGGCAAGGGUAUGGAUGCAUCUGAGAAGGGGUGUGCUGUAGCUUCAUUUUACAGGCUAGGUUCAGUAACCUGCCCAGGGUCACAGAGGUGGUGCCAGAGGUGAGAUUUGAACCCAGGACUUGUCCUGUCCUCACACUUCCCAGCUGAGUGACCAUGCAGUGCAUCGAAUUGCCUUUUUAUGGUCUUUCUAGCCAUGGUCUUGUAACUCCCAUUAAAUGACUAUCUGGGACUAUGCAAAUAAGGUACAUGGAACCCUUGGGGGAAUUGGACAGUUCGCUAAUGUAAAUAAGGUACGUGGAACUCUUGUGGGCGUUGCCAUUGCAAAUAAGGUAUAUGGAACCCUUGUAGAGAUUGGUCAGUUUCGCCAUCCCACUAGGCUUAAAAAGAGCCAAUCCCAGAAGUUGAGGGGGGUGUCCACACUACCAUCAAGAAGAAGAGCUGGGACCCAGUGUGCCUGCUCUGAGAACCUCCUAGACCCAGGAAACAGAUCUGCAACUCUGGAGAAUUGUAACACUGGAGGCAGUAGCAACAUGAGGCAGCAGAGGCACAGAACUGACAGACAGCUGAAGUUGGUUCACUGACCCGUGGAACAAGAGAGCUGAGUGCCUUUGGGCAGGAAGCUUGCUAGCAGAGUGGGGUGUCUCUGGGCACUCACCAGUGGAGCUAAAGAAAGAGCUGUAACACUUGUCCCAGGAGGGCAGAGGCCAGGCCCUGAGCAGGGUCUGGUCGAAACAAGACCCCGAGUAAGACCUGGUGGUGGAGGCCUACUUCGGGCAUGGUUGAGGAGAAGCUGUCCUGAUCAAAGAACUGUAUCCUGAGUUGUUUCUGUUACUUCCAAGUUGAUUCAGAUCCUGAAUUGUAACCUGUUACUUCUCUAAUAAACAUCAUAAUGGUUGAGUAUGGUCUGUGAGUUCUGUGUGGCUGUAAAAACAGUGUGGGGGCAGUGUCCGACCUCCUCCAAUCCCACAAGGGAAAGGAGAACCAAGAUCAAUGGUGCAAGGCUGACUCCCAUGUGGUGGAGGCCAGACAAGUCUCCUCUCUGUGCCAUCUUUACUAAUUCUGAAACUAACCAUCCCUCACAUAGCACUCUACUGGGUUUGAUAAUUCCUUGCAGUGGCCACACAGAACUCACAGACCAUACUCACAAUUACAGGGUUUUAUUAGGGAAGUAACAGAAUUCAGGCUCAAGAACACUCAGGGUACAGUACUUCCGUCAGGAUAGCCUCUCCCCAGCUGUGCUCGAAGGCAGGCCUUUCCCUGCUGCUUAGUCUGCCCAGAGGCACUCAGCUUUCUCCGUGGGCCGGGAAGCCCACCACGCCAUCUCCUGCUGCCGGGUCCCUGCUGCUGGGUCUCUCCUUCCUUGGUGGUGGUGGGCUCCUCCUAUCUGAUCUGGAAUUUGCUCUCUUUUAAGGCAAAACUGACCAGUGCCCUUCGUAGGCCACAAUUACCCUAUCACAACUACCUAGGUGGGAGUUACGAGACUAUGGCUAGAAAGGCCACACACAAAAGUAAUUAAUCACAGUUCAGUGGCCACUGCAAUGAAUUACCGGAUCCAUCAGAGAAGUAGAGAGUGCCAUGGGAGGGACGGCUGAUGUCAGAACUGGUAAAAAGGUUGGAGAGUGAAGGUAUGUCUGACCUUCACCUCAUAGGAAUCAGCCUUAGGCUGAUACUGAUACUGAUACUGAUUCUCCCCCCUCCCUAAAGGUAGAUGAGAUCUGACGCUACAACAUUGUAGACUGUAAUGUAUCUUUUGAAUGAGUAAUAAUAAAUUUCAAAGUUAACAUUCAUUCAUUUUAUGAGUUAGAAGAAGUAACUUAGUUUUAAAUCUGCUAUGUUAAAGUAGGAAACCCUGGUGGCGUAGUGGUUAAGAGCUAUGGCUGCUAACCAAAAGUUUGACAGUUCGAAUCCACGAGGUACCCCUUGGAAACCCUAUGGGGCAGUUCUUCUCUGUCCAGUGGGGUUGCUAUGAAUUGACUCAAUGGCAAUGGGUUUGGUUUUUUUUUUUAAGGUAAAGUAGAUUUAAAAGCAACUUAAAAAAUGUCACAAAACCAGAAGUAAUUUUCCUAAGCUCUGUACAGUGUUUAUUGUCAAGUAAUGCCUAAUUUUUGUGAUAUUAUCACUGAAGAUUUUCUGUCUGUGUGGAGUGUGGCUGGAUUAAAGAGCCAUAACUGGGAGUCAAGAACCUGCAGUCUCUUAAUUCUUGUCACAGACUUGCCAUUUGGUACUUACCAAGUUCACUGCGUCUUUGCGUCUCAUGUACCUGUAACAUGAGGAUGAUUCUUACCUCCCACGGUUUAGGGAGUUAAGAGAGAACCAUAGACUUAUGGAAUACACAGUGCUAUUUUACUGAAUAGUAUCAAGGUCAAAUUUUAUUAGGCCAAGAAGUAACAAUUAUUCCAUUUAGAGGAACAAAUAUAAUUUGAAAAAUUAACUUAUUUUAAGACUAACAUUUAAAGUGUUUAGAUCUCUCUUAGAUAGCUUCCUGGACUUUAGAGAGAAACUUGCUGGCUGUGACAUGUGAGGAUUUACUAAGCACGUAUGGCAUGUGGACUGUUGUCCUCAAUGCUGGGGCAGAUGGAGUCGCCUGCUGAUGGGCCUGGCUCCUGCUCAGUGCUCCGCACUCCUUUGAUAACCAUUCCUUGAGUCAGCUUUGGGACCAAUGCUGUGCUGAGUCAGGGGUGGUUAGGAAUUCCUAAUCAGCAGUUCAUUGGUUCAUAUCAAAGUGGCCUCAUCAUCCUCCUUCCACCCCUUCCUUGAUGAAACUAGAAUCGAUUACCUACCAUGUUUGCCCAAGGAUGAGUUAACAGUGUGAUACCAUGUCUGGUGUGAAGGGCCAUGUUCACGGUGGUGUCCUUGGGGGUCUGGGGCUGGGAUUCUGGUACCUGCUGCCAGGUAGUGAAGAUAUUUCAUGACAUUCAUGUUGUUGAUAUAUAUUGCCAAAUUCUAUACUUCCAUAUGGAUUCUAAUAAAAAAAUGGGGUAGUCUAAAAGGAAGCUUGAGAGCCUUUCGAAUUUUAGAGCUUCUUCUAGUACUGCUACUGAACCAGCAGAAUCAUUUGUUACAACUGAUAGUAACCCAAGAUUAUCAGGGAAAGAAAUUAGCCCAGUUAGACGCUGCUGGUAGGAAUGUAAAUUGCAGUAACUUUUUUGGAGUCCAGUUUGAUAUUAUAUGUGGAAAUCCUUAAAAAAAUGUGUGUAGCCUCUGACCCAAUACUUCUGCUUAAAGGAAUUUGCACUAAUAAGCAAAGAUGUUCUAGCACUAUUAUACUGCAAAACUAGAAAUAUCCUAAAAAUGAAUUUAUAGAGGAUUGGUUAAAUAACCUAUGGUUUGAUGCAAUAUUUUGUACUUUAAAAAGUAAAUGCUACAGAAAAAAUAGGUACUGGUAUGGCAAAAUGUCUAUGACUUACAGUAAAGUGAAGAAGACGGGUUAAACAAUGAUACGUGCAGUGUGAUCCCAGUUUUGGAGAAAAAUGAUGUGUGUAUGUCUGUAUGAGAGGAAAAGAUUGGGAAGACAUAUAGUAACAUUUAAACCUGGUUGUUUCUCUAUGUUUUUAUUUCAAUCUGGUGUAUUUGUGUGUUUUCUAAAAAUUUUAUAUCAAAAUAAAUUAUUUUUCUGGAGAUUGAGUAGUAAGUGUGUAUUAUUUGGAUGCAGUACAUGUUCAGCUGGCAAUUAGUUUCCUGAACUUUGGAGUAAACAGAUAAACCCAAGCUGUGGGCUCUUAACGUUCGCAUCACGCCCAAACUAAGCUUUUGACAUGUUGACAUUAUAACAAGUUUGAAAUAAUGGAGUCUGGAUCACCUAAAAAAAAAAAGUUGCUAUCGAGUCGAUUCCAACUCAUAGUGACCCUAUGGGACUGAGUAGAACUACCCCAUAGGCUUUCCAAAGAGUGGCUGGUAAAUUCAAAGUGCCGACCUUGUGGUUAGCAGCCAAGCUCAUAACCACUCCUCACCAGGGCUCCACUAGAUCACUGAGGUAACAUCUUAUUACAGAAUGAUUUCUUAUUGAGGAUCCAACUUAAAUGAGGCUAAAUCUGCAUGUAACAUAGUUUUUGUAGGUCAAAAUGUGGCCUUUAGGUUUUAAAAGAUGUGAGGGAAGAGUUACUGAUAAUUAGGUUCUAGGCUGCGAGGUUUAGGGUGAGAGGAGCUAAAUCAGUUUUCACCAAUUACCUAAUGGUAAGAAAGAUAAACUAGAGGGGCUCACGAAGCAUUGGAGGCUGCCUGCGUGACAACCAGGUCCUCUCCAUCUGUGACGCUUCCCUUGCUGAACCAAUCUGCACUCCAGGCAGGGAGGGAGCACUAAGUUCCAUAUCCUAGUAGGUGUGGAAUCCUGGAGGGAAUCCCCGCUCAUCCUAGCGUUCUAAUCUCAGGCAAGUCAUUUCAGCUCUUAGAGAGCUAGCAUCUAUGAAAAGUGACUGAAAACGCUCACCGUCAGUGGUGGUGGGAAGAAAAUGUAGACACUGUU